UAAAAUAUACGACGGGGGUUUGAAAGUUUCUAUUUCGAAAGCGAUCGAAAUCGUAACUCGCGUGAACGCGAGGAGGAAAGAAGGGGUAUGUAGCUGUGGAUGUUAAGUUAAUCGAUUUCUCUUUCUGUCGCUUGGGCAUAGAGGGUGUCCUCUCCCCCUCCUGCCCGCUUUACGAUCAGCCAAGAUGCCCGGCCUGCGUGAACGAGGCGGGCGCAACCUGUGGCUGAUCCUGACCGCCGCGCCUCCCUGCGUCCGGAAAUUUAGCCACGCUCGAUUCUCAAACUCCCCUCGCUCAGUGCCAUUCUCACCGUUCGACCGUUUACACGGCCGAUGCUGGCUGCCAUCGUCUCCUCGUACAUCCGCACAGUCGUCGUCCGUCGUCGUGUUUAAUCAUCGGCAGCGAUGCGAUCGUCGCCACGCCAACACGCUCGUCCAACACCACCCGCCACGCCACCGCGCCUUUUUCUUUUCUCCAACUUCGAUCCGUUCAAUCUGCCGCGGCGCGCAUAAAUAUUUCCUCCCGCUUCCGAUGUUUCGGUAGUUUCAGUCGACGAGUAGAGAGGUGAAGUGCCGGUUAGUGCCACCCGCAUUUUCUACAUUUCUGCCUUCAACGCCGACGUCGAAUUUCUCCGAAUAUCGAUCGAUUUCGUUUCCCGUCGAAUCGACCGAAUCCUUUUGCUCACUGGGAACAAGGUACAGGUGUUUAACAAUACGCCGAGGAAUAUAUCUUACGAGAUUAUAAUAAUAAUAAUAAUAAUAAUAAAGAAACGUACGAGAACGAAAUGAAAACGUACAUUGCUAUUUGUUUAAAAACAGAACAUAUAUACGUAAUGCCACGAAUUAUCUUAGUUUGCAAUUUUGCCGAUUCGCUCGCUUGUAUUUUUUGAAAAUACGAAAAAAAAAAAAUACUUCCUCGUAUCGAGUAGAGAUAAUUUAUCGAGAUUAGCGUACUUUGUCUUUACGUUAAAAAGCGUAGAUAUUUACACAUAUUUAUACGCGAGGAAAAUUAUUAAUUAAUUGAUAAUGUUAUUGAUAUCUUUCGACCACGAUUCGUACGUGUGCACUGCCCGAGCGAGUGGACGUAAUAAUAAUAAUAAUUAAAAACUAACGAAUCGAUCCCUUUUGUAAAACGACGACGAGAUUUGUACGAGAUUUAAGAAAAAGAAGAAAAAGAAGAAAGAAAUAUCGUUUUAUAUAAAUUUGGACUUUUUUUACCAAAGUUUCGCGAUUGGGACCAAUGUUCGCCUUGAUUGAGUGAUUAUCCGUCUACUAUCGAAAGAUAUAAAUAUAAAGUAUAAACGUAACGAAGAAGGACGUGGAAUAUCGAAGAUACAGGAGCGAAAGAUCGGUGGUGAAAAGGGAGGAAGCGCGUUGCGCGUUCGAACGAAUGAAAGUUGGCCGUAGUCGGAUGAAAAUUUCUCGAUCCGUUGACACGAAUGAAAGGGAAGAAGGAGAGAAAAGUGGAUCGUUGUUGAAAAGCGUUGUUGAAAUCAACGCGGAGGAGGAAUGUGAUUCGCGUGGGGCGAAGGAGGAAGGGUUCCGCUCGAAAGUGGACGCGGUGCGGGGUUACCGGAUAAAAAGGGGAGCGGAGGGGGAGGAGGAGAAAGGAAAAUGCCAGGGGGAACUUCGACGCGAGAAAGCAGCGAGGCGAUCCGGAUGGAGCCUUUGGGUAGAACCUCGAGUUCGCGGAGUCCCGGCCAAAACGGGACUGCCAACACCACCACCGAGGUCCCGAUAAAUUCAGGAGACAGUAACACGGGAUUGCACAAACGUAGUAUUUACGAGCAUAAUGGAAUUGUGUGUUCACAAAAAAGGGCUCUCUGCAUAGCCACCGUUGUUUUUGCGAUCCUUUUCGCCAUAUCACUCAUCAUUGCCUUCGCGGGACCACAAAACGACUGCCCUUGCGCUGGAGAGAAGCCAGCCAUCGUGGAUAUCGAGGACGAUGAAAAAAGCAGCGAGCCUCUUGCGACUAAUGGAGAGGUGUUCCCUUGGAAUAACGUGAGAUUACCUACGUUUGCGCAUCCUACCAGGUACAAUAUCACCAUCCAUCCAAAUCUUACAACGUUAGAGGUAAAAGGACAGGUCACGAUCGAGUUCUACGUCGAUAGAGAGACCAACUAUAUCGUCUUCCAUAGUAAAAAUUUGACAAUAAACGAGAAAAUGAUCCAAGACCGCAAAGGGCACAGAUUAAAAAUUUCGAGAUUGCUGGAAUAUCCGAAACACCAACAAUUAUAUUUAGAGCUGGAAGAGAGCAAAUUUCGAAAGAGAGGAAAUUACACGGUACACUUGAGGUUCAUCUCGAAACUUAGCAGCGAACUGGAGGGAUUUUAUCUUAGCAGCUACGUUACCCCGGAAGGAGAAAAGAGGUACCUCGCGACAACCCAUUUCGAACCUACGUACGCACGCUCGGCAUUUCCAUGCUUCGACGAACCGCAAUUCAAAGCUAAGUUCAAGGUUUCGAUAUUCAGAGACAGAUUUCACAUCGCGUUGUGCAACAUGCCUGUAAUGAACACCGAGGACGCGGGAUUUUACAUGGGCACGGGACUCCUCCGCGACGACUUCCAAGAAUCCGUAGAGAUGUCCACGUAUUUGGUGGCGUUCGUCGUGUGCGAUUUCAAACGAGUCUCGGAACUAACGAAAAGAAAUAUUUCCGUGAGCGUUUACGCGUCAGAGGCGAUGCUCCCGCAGGCGAGAUACGCGGUGACAACAGCCGCUCGUAUAAUGGAUUACUUCGAGUCUUUUUUCGGGGUACAUUAUCCGUUGCCCAAGCAAGAUCUGAUAGCCAUCCCCGAUUUCGGCACCGGGGCGAUGGAAAACUGGGGCCUGAUCACGUAUCGGGAGACGUCGAUACUUUACGAUCCGGAAGAGUCGUCGACCAACAUUCACGAGUGGAUCGGGACGAUCGUGGCUCACGAACUGGCCCAUCAAUGGUUCGGCAAUCUGGUCACCAUGAAAUGGUGGAACGACUUGUGGUUGAACGAGGGGGCGGCCAGUUUCUUCGAGUACAAGGGGGUGAAUCACAUUUCACCCGAGUGGAGCAUGAUGGACAAGUUUAUAUUGGAGAAAACGCAAUCGGCGCUCGACCUCGACGCGUUGGCCAGCAGUCAUCCUAUAAGCGUCCAGGUCAAAGAUCCGAACGAGAUCGAGGCGAUAUUCGACAAUAUCAGUUACAAUAAGGGUGCUUCCAUUCUCAACAUGCUCGAAGGCUUUUUAUGCGAGGACGUUCUCAAAAGCGGGUUGAACGAUUAUCUGAAUUCGCACGCGUAUGGAAAUGCAGACACCAACGAUCUUUGGGCGGCCUUUACCAAACAUGCCAAUAACACUUUUGACGUGAAAGCUAUCAUGGACACGUGGACGCAGCAAAUGGGUUUCCCUCUGAUCACGAUUACGCGCAACGGGAAUACGAUCACAGCUGCUCAGAAGAGAUUUCUAAUUUCGCCGAGGGAAAACGACACGGAAUCGCAACGAGCGAGAUCGUCGUUCGACUACAAAUGGUACAUCCCAUUGAGCUACUACACGGACAAGGAACCGCGCAAACUUCACAACGUGUGGAUGAAUUUAACCGACGUGACGUUCGAGAUACCUAGCGACGUGAAAUACAUAAAAUGUAACGUGAAUCAAAGCGGGUUUUAUCGCGUAACUUAUCCGGAAGAGAUGUGGACGUCGAUCAUCGCUACCUUGUUGAACGAUCACACCAAGUUCAGCCCAGCGGACCGUGCUAAUCUUAUCGACGAUGCGUUCACGUUGUGCGAGGCGGGCGAGUUGAACGCCACCGUCCCUCUUCGAUUGUCCCUUUACCUUUUGAACGAAAGGGAUUACGCUCCGUGGACAACGGCGCUCAGAUAUCUACAUUCUUGGAAAGAGAGAUUGAGCGAGAGUCCUGGAUACAAAAGAUAUAUCUCGUUCUUUAAGAAACUCUUGAUUCCGGUCACGAAAUACGUGGGUUGGUCCGACGAGGGGUCUCAUUUGAAGAAAUUAUUGAGGAUCGCCGUACUUCAAUCGGCUGUGUCUAUAAAAUUGGAAGACGUGGUAAAACCAGCCAAAUCCCUUUUCGAUGAUUGGAUGUUGAAAGGUAAACGGAUCGCGCCCAAUAUACGGAACGUGGUGUACAUUGCAGGAAUCAAGUUUGGCGGUGAAAAGGAGUGGAAUCAUUGCUGGGAAAAUUAUCAAGAGACUCAAGUAUCGAGCGAGAAACUGAUAAUGUUGGAAGCGUUGGGAGCGAGCACAGAUUCUUGGUUGCUGCAACGUUAUCUUUUACGAUCGUUGGACCGUGACAUGGUGAAAUCGCAAGACAUGGAAACCGUUAUAAUUUCCGUCGCCUCCAAUUCCGACGGUCAAUUUCUCGUGUGGCGUCACCUUAAAGCGUAUUGGCCUCAGAUACACGUUUUACUUGGCAAUGGAUCGUUGAGCGGACUUAUAUCUGUCGUGGUUUCCAACUUUUUCACGGAAUACGACUACCACGAGGUUUCGGAAUUCUUUAAAAAGGUGGAUGUCGGGAGCGGUCAACGAGCAUUGGAACAAAGCCUGGAAACGAUCAAGUUCAAUAUUCAUUGGGUAAAAGAGAAUGCGGAUAUCGUCGAUCGAUGGCUGGUGAAUCAUUCGAACGUUGAGACGAGUUAACCCUUUGCUUACCGGGGAUGGGAGAGGAACGAUGCGAGAUCAUCAUCCGUUCGUUUCGUAACGUUAUUUGCGUUUUUCGCGAUACGUAUCGACGCGCGAUACCUCGGCGUGAUACGAUAUCUACGGAGAGGCAAGAUAUAUUUCGUAUAUUUGGCGAGAUAAUCGAAUAAUUCGUUUAUUUACCGGUUAGUUAGGUAUAUUAUAUAUACACGCAUUGAAUUCGCAGAUGAAGAAGAAGAAAAAAAAAUGUCACCCAUUUCCGUCACACGCGUCGAAAGAUUAUUUUCGCCGGUUCGAAAGAUCGUCGAGAUACCAAAGUUUAACAAUCCAUCGAAUGGAAAACAAUCUUUCGACCAAUCGAAACGAAGCCGAAUUGUUUACCUAUAGCGUGUAAAACGCAUUAUACACCGAUUUAUACGCACUUUCGAAAGUACUUUAUUUAUUAUACACGCGGUGCGUGAAGAUUAUUGGAUUUAUUAUAGAUAUACGUAUAAAAGAUUAUACCGAGAGAA